AUGAAUGCGAAUCUUUUACAUUUGCUUUUAGCCAUUGUGUUUACUGCCAGUAUUACCGGCAUUCACGCUUAUCGUACAGGUGACAGACAUUCAGAAACACUCUGUACAAUGUUUAUUACACUGAAAGAAAUAUAUGAAGGUAAUUGCAUGAACAACUCAAGUAUUACUGUUGGUGAAAAUGACGUGAACUCAGCAUUUGACCAGAUGUCCUUCGGCAGUCAUCCUGGUCAAAAUAAUGUCACCGAUAAUCAAUCCCAAAAACAGCGAAAAUGCUCAUUCAUAUAUGAAUUCUUUCACCCUCAUGUACAUGACUGCAUGAACAACUCAAGUAUUAGAGAUCGUCCAUAUGAAAAUGGAAAUUAA